AUGCCGAAAGAUCUGGAGAAUCGCGCAAUAUCGUUGGACGACGAUGUCACUGCCCUUCCUCACUCUAUGAGUACCUCCCCUAACACGGCGACCACCUCACCCACUACUCUCACACCGAUCACAGACCCUUGGCCGAAGAAAGGCGUGGACGCCGUAGACCCUACUGUGUACCACGAGGACUACUAUCACGGACUGUUGCCGCGCGAAGAUGUGGAGGAGAUGCUCAAGGAGAACGGCGACUUUUUGUUGCGAUUGAGCGAGCCCGAGCACGAUCGCUUAUUGAUACUUUCGGCAAUGCGCAUUAAGGAAAAGGGACCAAAAGGAGUGAGUUGGGCUUUAUAUUGUGCUCGAGAAGACAUAUUUUUGAAUGAUUUAAGUUUUUUGCUUAAAAACUCUUGACUAACACAAUAUUUUCAGAUUGUUCAUUUUGCCAUAGCGAAAACGGACUGUGGCUUCAUGUUAGAUGAAAAUGACCCAUAUCCAACGAUUCCAGAAAUGAUCAAGGACUUUAUGACCAAAAAGAAGAGCAUCUCAGAAAAGUUCACACUCAUUCUGACAACUCCAAAGAAGCGCCAGCCUUGGGAACACAAACAUUCGGAUGUGAUUCCGGGCAAGAGGAUCGGCGAAGGUCAAUAUGGUGAAGUUCUGGAAGGACGACUUAUCAAAAAUGGCAAAAUCAUCACCGUGGCCAUAAAAGUAACAAAGUUUGAAAACGUGGCAAAGGAACAAAUCAAGGAAAUCAUGAUGGAGGUAAGAUUAUGCUGGUGGACACUAUUUUUGGUUUUUAGUUGAGUUCAUUACCAAAUUUUGUAAAAUUAUAAUAAUUUAAACAUAAAAAAGCUUAUUUCGCUAUUGGAAGCACCAAAAUAGUUUGCGACGAAAUGUAACUAAAACUAUUGGUUUUUGAAACGAAGUGUCACACCCUUAUUGACUUCCUUCUAAUUCUUAUAGGCUGCUGUUAAAGAGCAUAAAAUCGAACGACAAACGCUAAUAAAUUGUAAUUUUAGGCCAGAAUAAUGAGAGCGCUGCAUCAUCCCCAUGUGGUACGCUUCUACGGUGUUGGUGCACUCCAAGAACCGCUCUUGGUAAUAAUGGAACUGGUUGAUGAAGGUGCUCUGGACAAGAUUUUGCACAAGAAAACACUCGACAUCGCUACAAAAACGAAGUACUGCCUACACGCAUCAUGGGGAAUAGCAUACCUACAUGCUCAGAAACUACUACAUCGUGACAUUGCGUCGAGAAAUUGUCUGAUUGGUGGAAAGAAGCUGAAGUUGAGCGACUUUGGGAUGAGUCGCAAGGCCAGGAUGUUCAGGUUGGAUCGAAAGAAGAAGAUUCCGUUGAGGUGGUAGGUUUUUUUAAUUAAAAAAGCUUGGUUUUACAAGUUUAAAAUGAUGAAAAUGCAUAAAUGUUGGCAUUAUGAAAAGUUAUGUUAAAACAAAGAUUUCAAGGUGAUAAUUCAUAUUACUAAUGUAUUUUAAACAAAGUUUCAUUAAUUUUUAAAUUUAACUGCAUUUUGGUUAUAGGGCAGCUCCAGAAGCUCUAAAGACUGGAUGGUAUAACAAGGAAUGUGAUGUUUAUUCCUGGGGUGUCCUAUGUUGGGAAAUUUUUGUGGAUGGCAUGGAGCCCUAUGGUGAUAUACCGCCAUACGAAAUUGGAAAAAAGGUAAGACGUUUCAUAUUGAUAACUGAACAAUAAGGGUUUAUACAUACAAAAAUAGUCAAACUGACAAAAAUGGCGGUUUUUAUACCUAAAGUUAUAAAAAUGUGGAUUUUCUAUGCUUGAAGCUCCAAGAAAUUAAUUUUUGUGUCUUAAAAUCUUAUUUUUCAGAUAAAGAACGGCGAACAACUCGUGUUCCCCUCGGUAGCUCCAACGUUCCUAGUCCGGCUGAUCAUCCAGAAGGUUUGGUGUAGUCCUGAACAUCGCUAUAUGCAGCAGGAAAUAUCGACACAGUUAGAAAAAUAUUUACAAGUAACACCUCCAAGCUUACCCAACAGCGACGACGGAGCAGGCACACCACGCUCAAAGCCGCCAAAGAAGAAGAAACACUGA